CAAGGCGGCUACGUGAUACGUCACUCCGCUUACGCGAAGUCGUGACGUUAGUCUCGCGUGAUGAGACUUGUGGCGUCGGGAUUUUCUGUAAGACAGGAGGAGGAAGCUUGCAGUUAACAGCUUUGCGGGAGGUGUAAGUAGCUAUUUUGGACAGCGGGCUGUUAUAUGAAGAGAGGGACUGCUGGGCUGUUUGCGUUUACUUUGAUUGGAAGGUGAAGUUCGAACUUCCCCCUCAGCCAAUUUAGUCCCCAUACGGCUCUACUGGGACGAAAACUGUGAAAAAAACGUGAAGUACAGAAAGCUGUGUGGCGAAAAGAAGAUGCAGGCACCUUAGCAACAUCCAUUCCAAAGUCUGCAGCUCUCUGACAGCAGGGGGGCGGGAAUCCAAGCUAUUUAACAAUGGAAGGGCAACAACUUCGUAUUUAUUUAUAUUUUUUAAAAAUUCCUGUAAGACCACAAUGUCUGUAACUUGGAUCAUGAUGUGACCAGUUUCCUUGCUCUGUUCUCUAAUGAACAUCUUUAGAUAGUUGCCCUUCUGCAUAAAUAUGACUGAUCCAAUUAUGGAUUUUUUUGAUGAUGCACACCUUUUUGAAGAGACUUUGGGCCUGUCUGAUGAUGCCUUUGUUCAACAUGGAUCAGUAUCACUAGCUGAUGAAUUAAAUCUUGGAGCAGAGUUCGAGCCUCUUAGUGUAGACUCUCUUAAUCAUGUACGGGAUUCUCAAACACAUCAUAAAAUCAAUGAGUUUGAUGCUCUGAAUCAAUAUGAUUCUAUCAAGUUGCACCAAGUAAACCAGUCUUACAACAGUCCAGUUGGUAGUGUUCUGUCUCCACAGUCACAGUUCAGCUGCUCACCAAUACGUCCUCCAAAUCAAGGGAGUGGGAUAUUUCCAGAGGAUGGAAGUCCUAUGUGGGGUCACCAAACUUCCACAAGUAUUCCUAGUCAGAAUGGCUCUCCCUUCCACCAACAUGGGCACUCACAGACUAUACAGCAAAGUAAAGGUUAUGUAACUCACGAUGAUUUUACUUUGUACCAGGCCAAUGAGCAACAGACACCUCAGUGCCCCAUUAACAGUAUCUCUGUAGGUCCCGAAACUCUCAACCAGCCAAAAAACUUUAUGGAUGUUAAUGUGUCUGUACCCCUUAGCAUUGGUAACGCACAACAGCCUCAACUGGGCAACACUGCAACUUCCCAGCAGUCUUUGCCAGUACAGCAGUUCUCUCAACCAACAGCAGCAACAUUGCACUUUUGCGGCAACCCUCUUGGGGUUCAACAUGAAAGCACUUUUGAGAGCCAUUCUCCAACACUGACACCCUGCUCUGUUGAUGCAACACAGCCCUUUUCUACACAAUAUUCUUUUUCUAAUAACCAACUGAACCAUACUACACCCUCAUUGCCAGAAUUAACUGGAAACUCUGCAUUCUCUGAUAUUGGUACAAAGCACGAGACAAACCAGGGUAUGAUGAAUCCAAAUGCAGAACUGCAUUCAAAUAAUUUUCAAGUAGUACAAUCUUCUCAUGCUCAUGGAAACUUUAACAGAACGAAAAUGUCUCCUGAGACUAUUAAUUUCACGCACCCAGAUGGAUCCUCUACACAGAUGAGACAUUUCAAUGACCACAUAGAAAAUAAUGGGUUUUCCCCUUUGGAAGACACUUUGUUACAACAUGUAGAUGCUCAGACAGAGCACUUCUCAGGACUUGAUCCAGAGGAUUUGCUUCAGGAGGACUUAUUGAAACAUUUUGAUGAACCCAGUUUUAGCCAAGAAGAUGCAAAUUCAAGCAGCAACAUAUUAGAACAUCAAGACAUGAAGAUUACUUUUGCCAGGACUCAGAUUAAACUGCAAAAUGACAUCCUUGGUUCCCAGCCACAUAACAAUCAUCAUCCUUGGCAUCUCUCUGAUUCUAACCACCAUUUGCCUCAAGAAGAGAAGCAGCACUGUACCUUCCAGGGAAAGCCUCCAUCCUCCAAAAAAACAGAUGGUUUUCGGGCCUUCCAGAGGCUGGCGAAUAUUAAGGUGAGGUCCGCAUCUGACAAACGCCCCAAAAAGAAAGUGGACACCGAGAGUAAACAAGAAAAAGCAAACCGCAUCAUCUCUGAAGCAAUUGCAAAAGCUAAAGAGAGAGGGGAGCGAAACAUUCCUCGCGUCAUGAGUCCUGAGAACUUCCCUAGUGUGUCUUCUGAGGGAAAAGAUGAGAAGCGAGGUAGAAAAGGCAAAUCGAAACCCAAGGAGAAAGAAGGCAAAAAAACCAAAGCUGGACUAUCCUCAGAGUUAAAGGAGAAAAAAAAGAUUGGCAAACUGAUCAUUACUCUGGGACGGAAGCAGAAGAGAAAGAUGGAAUCUUCAGAUGAUGUAUCAGAUUCAGACAGGGCUCCAAGAGUUCACAAUGAUGAGGACCUGCAGGAAUUCGCUUGGAGAACUGACCAUCUACAUCAAGACCAAACAGGUUCAAUGAAGCGGAGGUCUAACCGGCAGGUAAAGAGAAAAAAAUACGUGGAAGAUGUGGAAGGGAAGCAGUCGGAGGAUGAGCCAAAGGCCAAUGUUAAACCUAAGAAAAAUUCAACCUCCUUACCUGUGGAGCAACCUUUGCAACUAUUUGUGGAGAAUCCCAGUGAAGAAGAUGCUGCCAUUGUGGACAAAAUCUUAGCCUCACGUAUAGCAAAGAAAGAGACUUCAUCUGGAACAUUUGUUGAAGUGGAAGAAUAUUAUGUCAAGUACAAAAACUAUUCGUAUCUGCACUGUGAAUGGGCCACUGAACAACAGUUGCUAAAGGAUAAACGCAUUCACCAGAAAAUAAAGCGCUUCAAAAUCAGACAAGCGCAAAGGGCACACUUUUUUGCUGAUAUGGAAGAAGAAUUAUUUAAUUCAGAUUAUAUUGAAGUAGAUCGUGUGUUAGAAGUUUCACUUUGUCAGGAUAAGGACACUGGAGAACCAGUUAUUUAUUACUUAGUGAAGUGGUGCUCACUGCCUUAUGAAGACAGCACCUGGGAGCUGAAGGAAGAUGUUGACCAAGCCAAAAUAGAUGAGUUUGAACAGCUGCAAGCACUUAAACCAGAUGCUAGGAGAGUGGAACGACCACCUCCAAACUCCUGGAAAAAGAUCAACCAGUCUAGGGAAUACAAAAUUGGUAAUCAGCUCCGCGAAUACCAACUGGAGGGACUGAACUGGCUGCUUUUCAACUGGUACAAUAGGAGAAACUGCAUUUUAGCAGAUGAAAUGGGCCUGGGCAAGACUAUUCAGAGCAUUACAUUCCUACAAGAGAUAUAUCUCAAUAGAAUACCUGGCCCCUUCCUUAUCAUUGCACCCCUCUCCACCAUCGCCAACUGGGAGCGAGAGUUCCGUACAUGGACUGAUCUCAAUGUGGUUGUGUACCAUGGUAGCAUGAUCAGUCGCCAGAUGAUUCAGCAGUAUGAAAUGUAUUUUCGAGAUUCCCAGGGUCGUAUUAUUUGGGGAUCCUACAAAUUCCAUGCCAUCAUUACCACGUUUGAAAUGAUCCUAGGGGGUUGCCCAGAACUCAAUGCUAUUGAGUGGCGCUGUGUAAUUUUUGACGAGGCACACAGACUAAAGAACAAAAACUGCAAACUUCUGGAGGGACUGAAACUAAUGAACCUGGAGCACAAAGUUCUGUUAACAGGGACUCCUCUGCAGAAUACUGUAGAAGAACUCUUCAGCCUUCUACACUUCCUUGAGCCACAGAGAUUUCCCUCUGAGUCAACAUUUAUGCAGGAAUUUGGAGACCUGAAAACUGAAGAACAGGUCCAGAAACUCCAAGCCAUCCUUAAGCCCAUGAUGCUGAGGCGUUUAAAGGAAGAUGUGGAAAAGAAACUAGCUCCUAAAGAGGAGACUAUCAUUGAGGUUGAACUUACCAACAUACAGAAGAAAUAUUAUCGCGCCAUCUUGGAGAAGAACUUUGCAUUCCUUUCAAAGGGGGCAGGACAGGCUAAUGUGCCAAACCUUGUUAAUACUAUGAUGGAGCUGCGUAAAUGUUGUAACCAUCCAUAUCUCAUUAAAGGUGCUGAAGAAAAGAUCCUCGGAGAGUUUCGUGAAACAUACAACCAAAUGGCAGCAGAUUUUUAUCUCCAGGCUAUGAUCCAAUCUGCAGGAAAGCUGGUUCUCAUAGACAAGCUGUUGCCAAAAAUGAAGGCAGGGGGUCACAAGGUUCUAAUUUUCUCCCAAAUGGUGCGAUGUUUAGAUAUUCUGGAGGAUUAUCUAAUGCAUAAACGGUACCUGUAUGAACGAAUUGAUGGAAGAGUUCGUGGAAAUCUUCGCCAGGCUGCAAUUGACCGCUUUAGCAAACCUGACUCUGACAGAUUUGUAUUCCUUUUGUGUACCAGGGCAGGUGGCCUUGGAAUUAAUUUAACUGCAGCUGACACAUGCAUUAUAUUUGAUUCUGAUUGGAACCCACAGAAUGAUCUUCAAGCACAAGCACGUUGCCACCGAAUUGGACAAAACAAAGCUGUAAAGGUUUACAGAUUAAUAACAAGGAACUCAUAUGAGCGAGAGAUGUUUGACCGGGCCAGUUUGAAGUUAGGACUGGAUAAAGCUGUCUUGCAGAGCAUGAGUGGCAGAGAAAACAGUGUUGGCGGAAUUCAGCAGCUUUCCAAGAAGGAGAUAGAAGAUCUACUGAGGCGGGGGGCAUAUGGAGCAAUCAUGGAUGAGGAAGAUGAAGGUUCUAAGUUUUGUGAAGAAGACAUUGACCAGAUCUUGCAGAGAAGAACUAAAACUAUAACUAUUGAAUCAGAAGGAAGAGGAUCAACAUUUGCCAAGGCAAGCUUUGUGGCUUCUGGAAACCGAACUGAUAUCUCACUGGAUGAUCCUAACUUCUGGCAGAAGUGGGCAAAAAAGGCAGAAAUUGACAUAGAUUCAGUCAGUGGUAGAAACAGCUUAGUAAUUGACACUCCAAGAAUUAGGAAACAGACCCGUCCCUUCAGUGCAACCAAAGAUGAGCUGGCUGAGUUAUCAGAAGCAGAAAGUGAAGGAGAAGACAAGCCCAAAUUAAGGCGACCUUAUGAUCGGGCUAAUGGUUACGGCAGAACUGAAUGCUUCAGAGUGGAGAAGAACUUACUGGUUUAUGGGUGGGGCCGGUGGAGAGAUAUCCUGUCCCAUGGACGUUUCAAGAGGCAGCUUAAUGAGCAGGAUGUGGAAAUUAUUUGUCGGGCCUUGUUGGCUUACUGCUUGGUCCACUAUAGAGGAGAUGAAAAAAUAAAAAGUUUUAUCUGGGACCUCAUUACUCCAACAGAGGAUGGGCGUACUCGAGAGCUACAGAACCACCUUGGCUUGUCAGCUCCUGUACCUCGUGGUCGAAAAGGGAAAAAGGUGAAAACUCAGACAAGCACUUUUGAUAUCCACAAGGCUGAGUGGCUUCGCAAGCAUAAUCCAGAGCACCUUCUACAGGAUGAUGGCUAUAAAAAGCACCUUAAACACCACUGUAAUAAGGUUCUGCUCAGAGUACGUAUGUUGUACUAUCUCAGGCAAGAAGUAAUUGGCGUUUAUUGCCAAAAAGUUUUGGAUGGAGUUGCUAGCAGUGAAAUUGACCUCUGGGUUCCCGAGCCUGAUCAUUCUGAAUUGCCUGUGGAUUGGUGGGAUACAGAAGCAGACAAGUCGCUUCUUAUUGGUGUAUUUAAACACGGUUAUGAGAAGUACAACACUAUCCGAGCAGACCCAGCUCUUUGCUUCCUGGAGCGCGCCGGCAAACCAGAUGAGAAAGCUGUGGCUGCAGAGCAAAGGGCUAAUGAUUUUAUUGAUGGCGAUGUUGAAGAUCCAGAAUAUAAACCAGCUCCCACCCUCUUUAAGGAUGAUAUGAAGGAUGAUGAUGCUUCUCCUGGAGAUCUUAUCAUAGCUGAUGGAGAUGGGCAGAUUAUGGACGGAGACAAAGUUUACUGGCCUACACAGUCAGCACUGACAACUCGCCUUCGCCGCCUUGUAACAGCCUUUCAGCGUACCUCCAAAUGUAAGCAGGUCCAGUUAGUCACACCUGUAUUCCCUGUUCAGGCUGCUGCAACUCAUGCUCCAAAUGAGGAGGCUACACUGAAUCCAAAAAUGGCAGCUAAAAUUGAAAGGCAGCAAAGAUGGACACGAAGAGAAGAGGCAGACUUUUACCGUGUAGUUUCUACAUUUGGAGUGGUGUUUGAUCCAGGGAGGGGGCAAUUUGACUGGACAAAAUUUCGUGCUAUGGCUAGAUUGCACAAAAAGACAGAUGAAAGUUUAGAGAAAUAUCUCUAUGCCUUUAUAGCAAUGUGCCGCAGAGUCUGCCGGUUACCUUCUAGAGAUGAGUUUGUAGACUCUUCCAUUUCAAUCCAGCCAAUAACAGAAGAGAGAGCCUCUAGAACUUUGUACCGUAUUGAGCUCCUGAGAAAGGUGCGUGAGCAGGCUCUGCGUCACCCUCAGCUUUUCGAGCGGCUAAAGCUCUGCCAACCAAACCCAGACCUUCCUGUGUGGUGGGAGUGUGGAACCCAUGACAGGGAUUUGCUUAUUGGUGCUGCUAAGCAUGGAGUGAGCAGGACAGAUUAUCACAUUCUGCGGGAUCCUGAGCUAUCCUUUAUGGUGACCCAGAAGAACUACAGCCAGAGCAAAGGGACCUCGUCUACCCCUCUUUUAGCUAUACCCAACCAUUUGUCAAUUACUGCAUUCCCACUGCAUUCCCAUUCAAAGGUCCAAGAUGUAAAAGGGUUCACUAAUGAUGACAUAAGAGUUAAAGAAGAAGCACUUAAAGAGGAUAUCCUAACAUCAGAGGAAGAAUCUGCAUCUUCAGAACGACUUAAAGCAAGGAGAAAAAUUGAGUCUUUAAAUCCAACUAUUGGUCCAGUAUUCCAUGCUAAAGAGCAGAAAGCAGUUGUUAAAAUAGAGACCAAUAGACGUAUGGUAGCAGCAAGGACAGAGCCCCUUACCCCUAAUUUAACUUCCAAGAAACAAAGGAUAAGCAAACAUGAGUCGGCAUCUAGUUCAGAUUCUGACUCUGACUCCAACAGAUCUUCAUGCUCAUCCAGAUCUUCAUCAUCAUCUACAUCCUCCUCGUCCUGUUCUCACUCAGGAUCCAGUUCUUCCUCUUCGUCCUCUUCCUCUUGUUCCUCAUCAACCUCUUCGUCUUCCUCCUCCUCUUCCUCUUCGACAUCAUCCUCUGAGGAUAGUGAUGAUGGAGAUGCACAGAAAAGUGCAGAAAGUGUGCCUCAUGUCAAAACCUAUGAUGAAGAAAGUGUAGCUUCUGUGAGCACCUUACAGGAUGAAACUCAGGAUAGCUUCCAGAUGGACAACGGAACUCCCAAUUCCAGUUGUUUCUUGCCAGGAGGUUACAUGCUUGCAGGUGCUCACUGGCCAAAGGACCGUGUGAUGAUAAACAGGUUGGAUAGCAUUUGCCAGGCAGUAUUGAAAGGAAAGUGGCCAACAACUAGAAGAAAUUAUGAAGCCACUAGUGUGGCCUCUUUCUAUGCCACAAAGCUACUUGAUAGCCCUGGUGCUGCCACUGAAUACAGUGAGGCUGGUCAACAAGCCCCGUCAUGUCUUUCAGUCAAGGAAGAGCCUGACCAUUUACAGAUGUCAAAGGUGAAGAAGCAUGUACCAGAAAAGGAGUUUACAGUGAAAAUCAAUGACGAAGGAGGUUUAAAAUUGACUUUCCAGAAGCAAGGAGUUCCUCAGAAGCGGCCACUGGAUUGUGAGGAAGGAUUAGGACAGCAGCAGUAUUUAGCACGGUUGCAAGACCUUCAAAAUGCAUCUGAAUCAAGCCUUGUGAACUUUCCAAAAUCUUCUACAGCAUCAGGUACUUUAUGUACCUCGUCAGCAGUUUAUACUAAUGGAGCAUUACCAGGGACUCAGCCAGUCAACAAGAAGAGACGAGGUAGACGAAAGAAUGUGGAGGGAGUUGAUCAUCUUUUUACGAACCAGAAUAAAAUGCUUAAUCAUGUCAGUGAAGUCCUGGCAUCCACUUUUCCUCAGCCUGCACCUUGUUCCCAGGCUCUCUCCUCUACAAAAGUUCAAUGGGUGCAGGAUGCAGACAACCCUGUACCUGUUAUUAAUUUGAAAGAUGGCACAAGGCUGGCAGGAGAUGAUGCACCUAAGAGAAAGGAUCUUGAAAACUGGUUGAAAGAGCAUCCUGGCUACGUUGAGGAUCUUGGUGCAUUUAUUCCAAGAGUCCAGUUCCACGAUGGGAGACCAAAGCAAAAGCGCCACCGUUGCCGAAAUCCCAGCAAACUGGAUGUCAACAGUCUUACAGGAGAAGAGCGUGUGCAGCUUAUCAACAGGAGGAAUGCAAGGAAGGUGGGUGGUGCCUUUGCUCCACCUCUGAAGGAUCUAUGCAAAUUCUUGAAGGAAAACCCUGAAUAUGGGGUUGCUCCUGAAUGGGGAGAUGUUGUCAAACAGUCUGGUUUUCUUCCUGAUAGCAUGUUUGACCGUAUUUUGACUGGACCAGUAGUAAGAGAGGAGGUGAGCAGAAGAGGAAGGAGGCCCAAGAGUGAAACCGCAAAGGCAGCUGUAGCCACCACUGUGGCUAACUCUGAUAGUGUAAACCAGCUGCUUGGCAACAGUUUAAUACCAGGUGUGGAUCUCUCUAGCUACCAGGCCCUACAGCAGAACUUUCAAAGCUUGCAAUCUCUGCAGUUAACAGCUGGCUUGAUAGGAUUACCUGCUGGCCUUUCAGCAUCUGGAGGCGAUUCAAAGAACCUGACAGCAAUGUUACCCAUGCUCCUUUCUAGUAUGGCUGGAUUACCCAGUCUCCUGGGUAUGGGUCACCUGCUAAAUAAGUCUUCAGAACUCAGCACAGAUGGAAAAGAAAAGAAUUGCACAAGCGGCUUGAAGGAAGGAGAUGGAAACAAAGAAAGGACAGUGUCUCCAUCCGAUGAUAAAGCAAACCAGAACACCAGCCCUCCUUCCACUUCAACAGGAAUGGCAGUAACGGCAGGCUCAUUAGCACUAAACCCAUUGCUGUUGCCCAACAUUAUCUACCCAGGGAUGCUUCUCACUCCAGGCCUUAAUCUCCAUAUCCCAGCUGUGCCACAGUCCAACCUAUAUGAUGUACAAAAUGCUAGUAAUGAAAACUGUCGGGCUCAGAACACAGACGUCACUGCAGAACUGCCUGUACCCAGUCAGGAAGAAAAACCUGGGAAGGAGCUCUGCUCCCAAAAUGAAAACAGCACAGAUGAGGGUUCUGAAAAAGCAGAUCCUUCAUCAGGAUCAAACAGUCCCUCUUCAUCAUCAUCAUCUUCUGAAGACUCAGAUUCAUCAGAUGACGAUUGACCCUUACAGACCCUGCACUUAAAUUUCUAGGGGGAGCCUAUUUCCCUACACUUGUAUUUUAAUUGUAAAUUUCUGUUACAAAUUCAUCAACAAUUUUACAGACUGACAAACAUUUCAGUAUUUGUUCUGAAAAUGCAAUUAGCGUUCAAGAAAACGUUUUGCAUGUAAUAUUCUCAGUUUCUGAACUUGUAUGUAAUAUGAAAAGAUACAUCGUGCUGUAGGAAAAUUACAGCAAAAGGCAUUAUAAUUUUGUGGGAAGGGCUGGGGUAAUUUUAUGGAAAAAAAGGAAAAAAAAAAAAAAAGGUUAUAAAUUUUGCUCUUUAAGAGCUGUAUAUAAAUAAUAUAUUUGCAGUGAAACACAGAAUCCUCUAAGUAUAUUGUGGUUUUCAUUUCUGCCUUUAGCAUUUGCAGUUUCCUUCAUGCGUAUUAUUUACAGAAUUCAGCAAUAAUUUUUCAACAGUUUACAGAUAUUUUGGAAAUAUUUCACUGUGGCACUUUUUUUUUAAUUCCCUGAAAAAUGUUAGUGAAUCAAACAAUUAUGUCAAAAUGCAAGUUGCUCCUAUAUUUAAGAGCAUGUUUUUACAUUCACAGUUGUAGCAUGCUUGAUUCACUUGUGUACACGGUUCACAGCAAGAGAUGGGAAUUUCAUGCAGUUUCUUCCCUUUGGCUGCUAACUCUGCAGCCCAUAGAAACCAAAAUAUACCCCAUAUUCGAAUAUUAACUGGGUAAGGUGACACAUUCUCACAUCAGAUGAGUCAAUUUGUCCCACCAGCUAUGUGGCUAAGACCUAGCCAAACAAGCAGACCUUCCCAUGUAUAGGCAGCUUUAAAGGAACAGUAACAUCAAAAAAUUGUGUUUUUGCUACAGAAAAGCUACAUAUAUAUAUAUACA